AUGCCCAAGCAUACUGAACAUAAAAGACGAAUACCCAAAACACGAGAAAGAUAUACAAUUUGCAAUUACUGCAAAGCUAAAGAUCUACCUUGUGAUAAUAAAAUACCCUGCACAUUUUGUAAACUUACAAAAGUAAACUUACUCCAUACAAUUGAAGAAGCAAAGCUAAUCUUUAAAUCACUCAAAGAACAACACGACUUUGAUAAAUUAUACAAAACACUUGAUAACUUACAAGACAUUUCUAACAAAGAAAGUGAAUGCCCAAACACACUACAACAAGUAAAAAAAAUACACACCACACCAUACUCCAAACACGCCUAUAUAAAGUAUCAUAAUCAUAAACGAAAGUGUACCAAAGAAUUAUCAACAAACAUCAACAACUGUGAUAAUUGUAUAGAAUGA